ACACGCACAAAUUCCAAAAAGCAAAGGCUUGGCAAAAUCCUGCUGAGGUGGUUGCUGCAUGGCCUGAGAUGAAAAUGCAAGAAAAAGGAAGCGUGUUGGCCUCUUCUCAAAUGGCAAAAUGGUUUGGAUAACAAAAUUCUAUGAAGAUGAUGCUGAUGAUAUAAAUCUAUCUGUGUAUAUGGUGAUAGAUUUUUCUCUUUUCUCUGAACUCUUUGGCUAUUAGUUUUGGUAGCCACAGCCUUAGCCUCCCAAAAUAUCCGCAUUUUGCCAACUUGCGCUCUCCUCCUCCUCUUCUCCGUAUUACCCUUUUUUCUCAUCCCCAUGAAUGUCAAUUUCAUCCCAAGAGAUCUGCAUUCUGCGUAAAGAUAAGAAUCUGGCUUUGUUACAAACCAACGGAAUGCCAGGGAACAAAUAUAACUGUAGUCCUGGCACACCAAGAACGAGAUUGGAAAGGCUUCUUAGAGAGAGGGAGUUGAGGAAAUUCAACAAGUCUUUAAAUGAAGGAGAAACAGAGUCAUCAACCAAUGACCCUUCCUCACCUGAUGCUGAAACUUCAACUUGGUUCAACGAUGAAGAAUCCUUGGAAACGGUUUCAGCUGGCAGGGUUUCUUUCGACGGUUCCAAACAGCGGUUAUUGGUGGUCGCUAAUAGGCUGCCGGUUUCCGCGGUUAGGCGAGGGGAGGAUUCAUGGCAACUUGAGAUGAGUGUAGGAGGCUUAGUCACUGCACUUCUUGGUGUGAAGGAAUUUGAAACCAGAUGGAUUGGUUGGGCUGGUGUAAAUGUCCCUGAUGAAAUUGGACAGAAGGCAUUGACUAAAGCUUUAGCUGAAAAGAGAUGUAUACCGGUAUUUCUUGAUGAAGAAAUUGUUCAUCAGUAUUAUAAUGGAUAUUGUAACAACAUAUUGUGGCCGCUGUUUCACUAUCUUGGACUUCCGCAAGAAGACCGCCUUGCAACUACUAGAAGUUUUCAAUCUCAGCUUGAUGCUUAUAAGAAAGCAAACCAGAUGUUUGCUGAUGUGGUCAAUGAACAUUAUGAAGAAGGAGAUGUGGUUUGGUGCCAUGAUUACCACCUAAUGUUUCUUCCAAAAUGUCUUAAAGAACGUAACAAUAAAAUGAAAGUCGGUUGGUUUCUGCAUACUCCUUUUCCAUCUUCUGAAAUCCAUAGGACACUGCCAUCUCGAUCAGAGCUGCUGAGAUCUGUUCUUGCUGCUGAUUUAGUUGGCUUCCAUACAUAUGACUAUGCAAGGCAUUUUGUUAGUGCUUGUACUCGUAUUCUUGGGCUGGAGGGGACACCUGAAGGAGUAGAGGAUCAAGGAAAGCUGACUCGUGUAGCCGCAUUUCCAAUAGGAAUUGAUUCUGAUCGGUUCAUUCGAGCUCUUGAACUCCCUCAAGUCCAAGAUCACAUGAAAGAACUGAAAGAGAGGUUUGCUGGCCGAAAGGUAAUGUUAGGCGUUGAUCGGCUUGAUAUGAUCAAGGGAAUACCACAGAAGAUUUUGGCGUUUGAAAAAUUCCUCGAGGAAAAUCCUAAUUGGCGUGAUAAGGUGGUUCUCUUGCAAAUUGCUGUCCCUACCAGGACUGAUGUUCCCGAGUAUCAAAAGCUUACAAGCCAGGUCCAUGAGAUUGUUGGGCGCAUUAAUGGAAGAUUUGGAACUCUUACUGCUGUGCCCAUACAUCAUCUGGAUCGUUCUCUUGACUUUCCCGCAUUAUGUGCACUAUACGCUGUUACUGAUGUUGCUCUUGUAACAUCUUCGAGAGAUGGAAUGAACCUUGUGAGCUAUGAGUUUGUUGCCUGCCAAGCUUCCAAGAAAGGGGUACUUAUACUAAGUGAGUUUGCAGGGGCUGCUCAGUCUCUUGGUGCUGGAGCCAUUUUGGUUAAUCCAUGGAAUAUCACUGAAGUUGCUUCUUCCAUUGGCUAUGCUUUGAAUAUGCCAGCUGAUGAAAGAGAAAAACGCCACCACCAUAACUUCAUGCAUGUGACUACACACACAUCUCAAGAAUGGGCUGCAACCUUUGUAAGUGAACUUAAUGAUACCAUUGUUGAAGCCCAAUUAAGGUUAAGACAAAUUCCACCAAUACUUCCUAUUGAAGUUGCUGUUGAUCGUUACUCAAAAUCCAAUAACCGAUUGCUGAUACUGGGACUCAAUGCAACUUUAACUGAACCAGUGGAUACCCUUGGGAGGAAGGCCAAUCAAAUUAAAGAAUUGGAGCUUAAGUUACACCCGGAUUUACAAGAACCCUUGAAGAAGCUUUGCGAUGAUCCAAAGACAACAAUUGUUGUCCUCAGUGGAAGUGACAGAAGUGUCCUGGAUGAUAACUUUGGUGAUUACAACUUGUGGUUGGCAGCAGAAAAUGGUAUGUUUUUACGAGUAACAGGGGGAGAGUGGAUGACAACAAUGCCAGAAAAUUUAAACAUGGAUUGGGUGGACAGCGUUAAGCACGUAUUCGAAUAUUUUACUGAAAGAACUCCUCGAUCUCAUUUUGAGCUCCGUGAAACUUCACUUAUAUGGAACUAUAAAUAUGCAGAUGUUGAGUUUGGAAGACUUCAAGCAAGGGAUAUGUUGCAGCAUCUUUGGACAGGUCCAAUCUCCAAUGCGUCUCUUGAUGUUGUCCAAGGUAGCCGAUCUGUUGAGGUUAGAGCCGUUGGUGUUACAAAGGGCGCAGCGAUUGAUCGAAUCCUGGGAGAAAUAGUUCAUAACAAAGGCAUGAAGGAACCCAUUGAUUAUGUCCUAUGUAUUGGCCACUUUCUAGCUAAGGAUGAAGACAUCUAUACCUUUUUCGAGCCCGAGCUUCCUUCAGAAGCCCCAGCUCCGGUAAGACCCCAGAUACCAACACCCGUCAGGACAUCCGUUUCAAAGCUGCCAGUGAGUAAAAGUGGGUCCAAGGCAGCUCGCCUUAAGAAACAACGGUCGUUGUCAACUUUAGAAAGGAACACAGGCUAUCCUGUAAUCGGAGGUGCUUCGCAAUCAACGGUGCUCGAGAGAAUGUCACUCCAUGAGGGUUCUUCAGUACUUGACCUUCGAGGGGACAAUUACUUUUCUUGCUCUGUUGCAAGGAAAAGAUCGAAUGCUAGGUAUCUCCUUGGGUCAUCAGAUGAUGUUGUGAAACUCUUGAGAGAGCUGGCAGAUUCAUGAAGUUUACAUGAAAUCCUAUAAAUGUCUUAGCUAGUACUAUUACAGUUGAUGAAGAAUUUUAAUGUUGCUCAA